AUGUUCUAUUCGCGUUUGCUUCUCGCUCGCAAAGCUCCUCUCGGUCAAAUAUGGAUGGCGGCGACUAUGCAAGCAAAAUUGAACAGGAAGAAGCUAAACAAACUGAACAUUAUUAAGAUAUGCGAAGAGAUUUUGAAUCCGUCGGUUCCGAUGGCACUGAGACUUUCCGGAAUACUCAUGGGUGGAGUUGUGAUUGUCUAUCAGCGAAAAGUGAAACUUCUUUAUGAUGACGUGAACCGCCUUCUGGUGGAACUGAAUGAAGCUUGGAAGGUCAAAGCUGUUACACUCGAUCCUACCCUGCAUCCCAAAAAUAAAGCACAAGCCAAGUAUGAAGCUGUGACUCUGCCAGAAAACCGGGAGGAUGAUUUUGGAUCAAUAGAGCAUCAAAUUCGGCAUUCCAACACAAUCAAUAUGAUGGAUUUCCAGCAUACCUCCUAUGCUGCAGUGAGUCUGGAUAAUGUGGAAAAUCCUUACAUUAAUAUCAAUCUAGAAGAAGAUCCAAGCCAUGACUUCCAUCAAGUUGACGCAGAUAACAUUACCUUACUUGAUCGGUUUGACUCAUAUCGUGAAGAUACAGAUCUAAACAAUCAUUUUGAAAGGUUUGAUAUUGAAGUAGAUGAGACACUGACAAAUCUUGCUGAUCAUGACAAUACUCAAAUCCCAGAUACUCUCAUACCAUCUCCACCUAAGCACUGUAGACAUGAGCAGCAGAAUGUUCUUGCAGCUGAUGAGAUUCUGGAACAAUAUCCUGAAGAUCUGGCCAAUCAGAAAUCUGAUGAAGGAAAAGGAGAUAUUCAGCCAAAGGACCAUAUAAGGCCAGUUCCACCUCGACAGAAAGCAAGAAAGCCUAGAGCUUUUACCAUGGAUAAUGAUCAGAUUAUCAUCCCUGGUCACAUAUAUCAAACUUGGCUUCAAAAUUGUUCAGAUAUAGUCUCAAGAAGAGGAAGAAAGAGAAAGAAUUUGGAUGCAUUUUCAACUAUGAAGGUAGCCAGGCUCAUGGAGUUGCCUCCUCUUGUGCUAAUUGAGAGGCUAUUAACAAAAGGGAGUAGAGAAGUUCAUUAUCCAAUGCCUCUUUUAAACCUAUGGAUGAAAAGUACCCAGCCUCCACACGAUUCACCUUCUGGAAGGACCUCUGGCAUCCGACCCCCUGAACCAUCAUCAUCAUCUCCAUUAGAAAGAAAUCCUUUUCCAGAUCUUUCAGGAAAUCCCUUUGAGGAUUUUCAAAGUGGAGUAGACCCCCAAAUGAUUGCUUCUAGGGAGAAACAAGUGGAUGAUUUCAAUGAGAUACCAGAUAAUUUCGAGAAGGAUCUGAGAAACAAUGUUCCAAACAUAGACACAGAACUAAGUGACGCUAGAGGAGUAAGCAAACCUACUGUUAAUGAUCCAAUGGCCACACCAGGAGGUUCUGGUAUACUAAAUUAUACUAUGUUUGACAAUUCUAGCAUUUUGUUGUGGUCUUCAGGGAAUGGAAUCAGAUCUAUCCCUAGCUCAGAAUCUGGACAUGGCUUCCCAUCAUCCAAUUCUGACCUCAAAUUGGGGAGGAAGAGGCCCUACUCUUCAUCCAGGCAUAGCAGCAGUAGCCUUGAACCAGUAGCAGAAAAUGGUCCUGAAGUAAACCUUAAAAUGAAGAGAUUAUCUGAACUGUCUGAAACUGGUUUCACACCUGACUUGAUAGAAACUGGACCAACCCAGACACAAAAUCCAACUGUUGCCCAGCCUUGUGAUAAGAUAACUGAUUCUAUUCGCAUGCAGCUGAAGACUCAUUUCAAUACACCCGGUUCACCAGAGGUAGAAUGUUUGAAUGACUUGACUAUUGGGAUGAGCAGGAAACAGGCAGCAUGCAUGUUUUAUCAUACUUGCGUUUUUGCCACAGAAGAGUUCAUUAGAGUUAAACAGGAGACGGCAUAUGGAGAAAUUUUUAUUUCCAGAGGUGCGAAGAUGUGACAGUGUUGGGAGAUCCUUUGCAUCAUUCCCAGCUCAUAUUUACAAAUGAAGAAUGCUACGGCUACUCUAACUUUUACUCUACAUUUAUACUUUUGAUAUAAAUAUAUUUAGUAAGAUUCACAGGAUAAAAAUGUCUUAUCAUAAUUUGUCAUUUAAGCAAUAAAAGUGGUAAAAGUAAUAGAGAGGAUUUGAAAAUAUGUGUAGAAGAAC